AUGGAGGCGGAGCGCGCAGCAGCACGACGGUCGGAGCUGCUGCAGCAGCUUCCAGCUGCGUUGCUGCAGCAAGUGCAGCAGCAGCUGCAGCAGGACCCUCUGCUGCUGAAGGUGCUGCAGCGCCGGGGUUGUGACGAGUUUCUAGGGGAAAGGUUUGCGGUAUAUGGCCACCAGCUGCAGCAGCAACAGCAGCAGCAGCAGCAGCAGGACCUCUCUAUGGAUCUUGUGUGGUACAGCAGACGGGGCUGCAUGCGCCUAUGCAUCCCUAGGGCCCCCGAUUUGCUGCAGCAGGUAAUGGAGCAUUUUACAGCAUGCUAUGUGCAGCAGCAGCAGCAACAACAACAGCAGCAGCAACAGCAACAGCAGCAACGGCAGCAGCAGCGGAGCCGGAAGCAGCAGGGCAGGGACCGCUUGAAGGCGCAGCAGCAACAACAAGCCUGCAGCAGCAGCAGCUACAACGGGCACAAGGGGAGACAGAUCAGGGCUGCUGCUGCUGCACUUGACCAUGGAAGCAGCAGCAGCAGCAGCGGGGGUUGCUGCUGCGGGUGUGGGUGCGUGAGUGCUGCCUGCCCCUUCCCUGAGCUCCACCGGGAGCAGCAGCAGCAGGCGAACCGCAGAGGAAACAGCAGCAGCAGCAGCAACAACAACAACAGCAACAAGAAGUCCCUUGAGGAUCUGUGCUGCAGCAACUUGUGUGCUCCUUUGCUGCUGCAGCAAGUUGCUGCUUGCUGCUACUGGCCAAACAUGCGCGAUGACUUAGAGCGCUUUUUGCGGCAGCGAAAAUCCAGCAGCAGCAGCAGCAGCAGCAACAGCAGCAGCAGCAGCAGCAACAGCAUGAGUACCUGCAGCAGCCCAUGCAGAUUGAUGCAAUCGAGUACUCAAGCAGCACGAACAGAAACAGCAGCAACGACGAGCAGCAGCAGCAGCAGCAGCACGAAGAGAAAAUUACAAACAGAAGCAGCAGCAGUAUCAGCAGUAGCAGCAGCAACAGCAGCAGAGGCCCCUCCAGCAGCAGCAGCUGCUGCUGCAGAGAACCGGGCCGUCAUAUCGCGCAGGCGCGACUCUCAUCUUAGAGAUUUGCUGCUGCACUCAGCAGCUGCAGCAGCAACAGCAACGGCAGCAACAGACUCUGGGGACCUGCAUACCCCCAAUGGGGACCUAGAGGAGGAGGAGCAGCAGCAGCAGACGCCACAAGCUUCUUCAAGCAGCAGCAGCAACAGCAGCAGCAGCAGCAGCAACGAUGAUUGGGUACCCCUUCAGGUGUGGGUCCGCCGCAGCACAGCUGAGCUGCUGCAUGCACUUCCUGCUGCUGCUGCUGUUGCUUCUAUCCCGCUGCUGCCUCUAAAGCUUGAGGGUGAGCUGCUGCUGCUUGAUGCUAACAAGGCAGCAGCAGCAGCAGCUGCAGCAGCAGCAGCAGCAGAAACAGCAGAGCAGCACAGAGCAGGGUGGAAGCGCAUGGAGCUUCAUCUUGCUGCUGCUGCUGCAGAGGUUACGCUGGCUGCUGCAGCAGUUAAUGAUGCUGCUGCAACUGCUGCAGCGGCGGCAGCAGCAACAGCAGCAGCACCACCGGUGUCGGGAAUACCAGGAUCUUCUGCUGGUGUUGCUGCUGCUGCUCAAGCAACAGGCGCAGGAGCUCAGCAGCAGCUGCAGUGGGCAGCUGAUGCUGCAGUUGCUGCAGCAGCAGCAGCUGCUGCUGCUGCAGUGCAGCAGCCUCCCCCAGGCUUUGAAGAUGCUUGGGGGCCUUCGGGAUUCUCCCUUUGCAACUGGCUAGCAGCAAGCCAAUCGGAAGCAGCAGCAGCAGCAGCUGCAGCAGCAGAUCCAGUAGCAGCAGCAGCCGGUGGAGGAGAACAAGCAAGAGGCACUCUGCUGCAGGAAGACGAGCUAUCGCUGCACCAUGCCGAGCAGCAGCAGCAGCAGCAGUACGAGUGGCAAGUGCAACAGCAAGCGCAACAGCUUAUGCAUGACCUGCUGCAGCAGCAGCUGUUAGAGAUGGAGCAGCAACGGCAGCAGCAGCAGCAGCAGCAGCAGGGCAGCUGGGGAUUUCCUGCUGCAGCAGAACUACUACCGUGCUUCCCCCUCGAUCCUUCGUCCCCUACUUCUGCUGCUGCAUCUGCUUACGCCAGCAGCAGCAGCAGCAGCAGCAGCAGCAGUUUGCUGCCAUUUAACAGCUGCUUAGAGCUGCGCCCGCAGCAGAUGAUGCAGCAGGCGCUGCAAGAGGAGGCGCAGCUCCUGCUGCGGCGGCCAGACUCUCCUCUUGCAGCAGCAGCAGCAGCAGCAGCUGCUGCUGCUGGAGAUAUCUUGAACUACGCAUUCACGGACAGCAGCAGCAGCAGCUCCGCACCACUUGAUGCAUCCUCGAAGACGCAGCAGCAGCCACAGCAGCAGCAGCAGCAACAGCAGCAAGUCCUCGAGGAAGUUGUUGGGGGUCUGGAUGACACUAGCAUGUCAUCAUCAGCAGCAGCAACAACAGCAGCAGCAGCAGCAGCACCGACGACAUCGGCCAUGACAGACGCCAAAAAGCAGCAGCAGCAGCAGGAGCAGCAGGAGCAGCAGCAGCAGCAGCUAUGGGAUCCUUGGCGUAGCCGCCGUUCUUUCUUAGCGUUUGCUUUUGAUUUAGCAGCAGCAGCAGCAAACAUCAGCAGCAUCUGCAGCAAACUUUGGUUAGGGUGUAUGUACACCCGAGCUAAUGCACUUUGUCUUGUCUUCCCCCUAAAGGCACAAAAUGAUCAGGGACCCUUCUGUGUCGUGCGCAUCUGCGAGGUGGCGGACAUCCCGCGGCUGCAUGUGUUCAUUUGCUGCUGGCUGCAGCAGCUGCUGCUGCAGCAGCAGGUGGUGCAACUGCAGCACCUGCCGCAGCUGCUGAGUCAGCAGCAGGCGUUACCGAAGCACCAGCAGCUGCAGCAAAAGGUGCAGCAGACGCAGCACCUUCCUUCUCCUCUUUCCCUAUGCUUACCCGUGAAGGCAAGAGCAAAAGGAGCAGCAGCAGCAAAAGCAGCAGUAGCAGCAAAAGCCGCAGCAGCAGCAAACACAGCAGCAAAAACAGCAGGAGCUGCUGCAAGUGAUCAAGAGGUGCCAACACUGUUGUCUGCGGCGGCAGCAGCGGCAGCACCAGCAGCAGCAGCAGCAGCAGCGCUGUUGCAGACGGAGCGUCUGUCUCCCCUUGUCUGGCUGGCCCCUCUACUAUACAAGAUUGAGGCAACAGCAGCAGCAACAACAACAGAAGCAACAACAGAGCAGCAGCAGCAGCAGCAGCCAACGUUGCUCUAUUUGCUUCUUGAUUGGUACUCGCCUCUAAGGAAAAGUAUCGCAGUGCUGCAGCGCGUGAUACCUGCUGCUGGCUACAGCAACAGCAGCAGCAGCAGCAACGACAGCAGCAGCAGCAGCAGCAGCGAGUCGACUCCUUUCUGGGCAUUUGUGGGGCCAACGCACGGCCUCUCGGAGGCUGCUGCUGUGCUGCGACCUUCUGUGUGCAGCCGCUGCAGGAGCAGCAGCAGCAGCAACAGCAGCAGCUGCAGCUGCUGCAGCGGUGCAGCAGAUGUGGAGCUGGCUCUAGACUUUGUCUUGGGGUCACUAAGAUUUGCAUGCGCUGCUGCUGCUGCUGCUGGCAGCCGCAACGUUGCCUUGGCUAUUACAGAUGGUGUUGCUGCUGCUCCUGCUGCUGCUGCUGCUGCAUCACCUGCAGCAAUAGCAGCGGCAGCAGUAGCAGCUGGUGCACAUGCAGCAACGCCCAUACCAGCAUGGCCUGCAUCACCACCAGGGGGCCUAGAUGCAGCAGCAGCAGCAGCAGCAGAUCCUCGUUUAGGCCUAAGGACACUAGGAAGGGGACUGUCUCCUUUUGUCUCCUCAAGGAGGGCCUCUCGUCUAGGUGUGGCGCUGCUGUGUUACCGUGCUGCUGCUCGUGUUGCAGCAGCAGCAGCAGCAGCAGAAGCAGCAGACGCAAGAGCAGCAGCAGCAAAAGCAGCAAUGGAAGCAGCAGAAGACAGACUCUGUCAUUGCAGGGGGGCAGUGCAGCGGCUGCAUCGAUCCGCUCUUGAAGCAGCAGCAGCAGCAGCAGCUGCUGCUGCUUCCGCACCAGAUGCUGCAACGCAGGCACGAACGCAUGCAGCAACAGCAGGAGUAGCAACAGCAAGGAGUGCUGCUGCUGCUGCUGUGCUGCAGCAGCAGGAUGCUGCAGCACAGCGGCUACUUGUCCGUCGUCUGCUGCUGCGAGCCCUCUUGGCUCUUCGUACCUGCUGCAGCGUCCCCCCUACACUGGAGCAGCAGCAACAGCAGCAGUUGGGAGAGUAUCUACUGCAGCAGCAGCAGCAAGCGGGUAGUAGGAACGCUCCUGCUGCUGUUGCUGCUGCUACUGCUACUGAUAACGGUAGGGGGGGAGCAUCGCGGUCUGCUGCUGCUGAUGAUACCGCUGCUGAUUCUGCUGCGGAUCCACGGACUGCUGCUGCUCCAGAUCCUGGUGCUGCUGCUGCACCUCGUGCAGCAGCAGCAGCAGCAGCAAGUGGAUCAGUGCGGGCUCCUGCAGAGUGGACUACGAUGGCUUCGGUGUAUGAACACCUAGCAGACACAUUCCUUCAAGAGCAUGCAUCUCUAGAGAGGCAGCAGCAGCAGCGGCAGCAGCAGUUGCUGCUGCUACACGAAGGAGACGCAGCAGCAGCAGCAGCUGCUGCUGCUGCUGCUGCUGUUGAUCUGGAAUUUCUGCAGCUACGUUGCCUGUCGCGUGCAGGCCAGCUGCUGAUGGAGGGGCUGCGCUACGCAGCAGCAAGCCGCAGCAGAAGCAGAAGCAGCAGCAGCAACCCAGUUUCUGCUGCUGUUGAAGCUGCGGCAGCAGCAUGGGAUCAUCAGCGGCUGCUGCUGCUGCGCCGCCUCCAGGGGAAGCUGCUGCGGUGCAACAUGAGUCUUGCCCAGCUGCAUCUCGCGCGGCUGCGUGUUGAUGCAGCAGCAGCAGCUGCUGCUCCUGACGCUGCAGGUGCAGCAGCAGCUGCAACUGACGUCGCCACAGUUGCCCGCGUGGCAGCCGCGCAGCUGGAAGACGGCAGCAGCAGCAGCAGCAGCAGCACCAACAGCAACAGCAGCAGCAAUGCCCUCUCCCAGUUGGAGGGGGCAGGAAGGGGCCUCCGCCACUUGCUGCUGGCGUCUUGCUUUAUCGUGCCCUACGGGAUGGAUAGCAGCAGCAGCAGCAGUUGCUGCAGCAGCGGCUGCAGCAACAGCAGCAGCUGCUGCUGCUGCGGCCUGGGGACAGGCGAGCGGGCGCUGCUGACGAAGUCGAUUUAUCUUUCUAUAGCGGAAGUAUUUGUGGCUCUCGGGCAGGCGCUGCCUAGCUGCUUCCAGCAGCAGCAGCAGCAACAGCAGCAGCAGCAGCAGCAACAGGUAGACCCUGCGGGGGCUGCUGCUGCUGCUGCUGCUGCGCUGUUCAACGCCAUCGGCAGAGACCUUGAUUCGCUGCCUCCGUGGUGCUCGCCCUUAAUCUCUCGCAGCAGCAACUCCACGUGUGCUGCUGCUGCUGCUGCUGGCAGCAGCAGCAGCAGCAGUUGGAUGCUGUGGGGGCCCCCGCUGCUUCCCUGCACAUCCGCGACGGUGUCGCCAGACAAGGAGAGGCUGCUAAACAACGGCGUAGCAUUUUGCCUGCGGGUGCUGCAGCAGCAACAGCAGCAGCAGCAGCAACAGCAACAGCAGCAAGAUAGGAGGCACGACGGUGGCAGCCGUAGGCGCCUCAGCACGAGCAACAUACCAUCAGAGAGAAGACCCAGUCACAGCCACGGGCAGCAGCAACAGCAGCAGCAGCAGCAACAGCAGCAGAAGUUGGUGCUGCUGCAGAGGUGCCUAGACACCCGAGCUAAGCAGCUAAUGGCAGCAGCAUAUGCAGCAUUGGGGUGUAUGUACACCUCAACAGGAAGACGUACGCGUGCCCUUAUACAUGCAAAGCAGGGAGCAGCACUAUUUGCUGCAGUUGGCGAUGUUGUUAGUGCAGCGCGCAUGCAGCUGAUGCUUUGCUGCAUGAAGCUGCAUCCGCUCCUGCUUGCUAGCCAGGAGCAGCAGCAGCAGCAGCAACAGCAGGAGCAGCAGCAGCAGGAUGAGUUGAAUCCUACUGUAGUAGCAGCUGCUAUAGCCGGUGGCAGAGGCCGCUGCGACUCGCAGCAGCAGCUGCUGCUGCAGGAGCAGCAGCAGCUGCUGCAGCGGGAACUUGAAUCGCUGGAGUCCUUUGCUGCUAAAGAAGCAGCAGCAGGAGCAGCAGGAGAGAGGACAACGAUGGAAGCAGCAGCAGCAGCAAAUGAUCCAAGGCAGCAGCAAUCAGCAGCAGCAGCAGCAGCAGCAGCAGAAGCAGAGGAUGUUGCUGACAGCAUCCGCUGUUUACUAGCGGCGCUGCAUUGGCGUCUAGCAGAGCAGGACCUGCUGCGUGCUGCAGCAGCAGCAGCAGCUGCUGCUGCUGCAGCUGCUGCUGAUUUGUUGCCAGCAACAGAGGAGGGUGGACGUGCUGCACCUCGAGAAACAGCAGAGCUUCUAGGUGUCAUCUCCUUGCUGCUGCUGCGGCGUAACGCCCGCAGCAGCAGCAGCAGCAGCAUGUUGGAGGGAGGUGGCUUCCUCAUCGAUAGGGCGCUGCUGCAGCAGGCGCUGCAGCAUAUAGAGAAGGCGCUGCAGCUGUCGGCUCCUGGAGGCAGCAGUCAUCAGCAGCAGCUGCAGCAACAGCAGCAGCAGAGGCAGCAGCUGCGUGCUGUUCUGCAUGGUCUAGCAUCUGCUGCUUUAGCAGCGGCUGUAGGCCUCCCUCUGUGCGAGGAUCUGCAGCAGCAGCAGCAGCAUCAAGUGCCGCAGCAGCGGAAGCAGCAGCAGCAGCUGCUGCUACAGAAGCAGCAUCAAAGACGUCAAGCAGGGCGGCUGCUGCAGCUGCUGCAGCGGCGUCUCGACGAGUCGCUGCAGCAGCUGCGCAGGUGGCUGCUGCUCUGUGGCCAGCCUUUGUUGAAGGUGCAGCAGCAGCAGCAGCAGCAACAGCAACAGUUGCUGCAGCCGCAGCACGGGUGGCUGCUGCAGCUGCUGCAGCGCGCAUGCAGCACCUUCGCUGGUUGCUGCUACGCCUUAGGGAGUGUUAGAGCAGCACAAGGCCUUAAGUGCAAGAUGAAGCAGCAGCAGCAGCAGCAGCAGCAACAGCAGCAGCAGCAGGAGGAACUUUUAGCUCUUCGAGCUGCAGCAGAUGUGGGACUGUUGGUUCCUCCUUUCCUCAGCAGCAGCUGCAGCAGCAGCAACGGGGUGCUGCUGCUGCAGCAAGACACCUGCGCUAUUCGUGCUGCAGCAUCGCGCCUAUCUGCCUACAUAUCGCUGCCUGCAGCAGUAGCUGCAGCGGGAAGCUCACUGCUGCUGCUGCUGCAUGCAGCAGUUGCAGCAGACAGCAGCAACACAGCAGCAGGAGCAGCAAGUUCUUGCUGCAGAUUCAACCCGAGGGCUGCAUGCAGCAUCCUUGCAGAUUUUCAGCAACAUUUGCUGCUGCUGGGCCCCACCCCGGGUGCAGCAGCAGCAGCAGCUGCUGCUGCUGUAGACUCAGCAGCAGCAGCAUCAGCAGAUGCUGCAUCUUCCCCUGCAGCAGCAGGUGGUUCCUUGAGCAAACUGCUUCUACAGAGGCAGCAGCAUAUGCUGCAGCAGCGGCAGCAGCAGCAGCAGCGGCAGGCGCUGCUGCUGAGUGCAUGCUUCCGUCUGCUGCUGUCGUCUGAGGGAGACGAAGGCCUUUUCCUUACGCAAAAUUAA